AUGGCGAGAAAUUCAAAAGUGAAGAAGACAGUGAUAUCUAGCAAUCCAAAGCAAAAAGGACCGAAUUCUGAUUCGCAAGCUAAGAAAACAAGAACAAUGGAUGAAAUUCUAGGAGUGACGGCUAUGGAGUUUCAAUCUGAGCAGCAAUCUGAGGAAGAUGAUGUACGUGAUAUUCAGAAUAGCAUGAAUACACAUAGAUUUUUCUCGGAGUGGUUGACUUCGAUUCACACUUCUGCUGAGAAGGUGAAAAAUGGAAAACAGAGCAGGACUGAAAAUGCGCGCCAUAUUGAUCCGAUUCCGAUCCUUCAGAUGUCGGAUAAUGAGGUAUUAUCUAAUUCCUCAGAAAUCAAUGCUAAUUCCAGUAAUGUUGAGUCUAGAAUCAAAAUUGAAAUGGAGGAUGUCCAAUCGGAGGUUGAUUAUUGGUCUUCCUCUGUUAUCUGUUAUGUUUUGGGAGCAAAUCCUCCUCCAUAUGUGAUGGAAGGAUUUAUCAGAAGGAUAUGGAGGAAUUAUGGAGUGGAUAAGGUUGCUGUGGUAAAAUCUGGAAUCUACAUUGUUAGAUUUUCAUCAAUGGAGAAGAAGGACCUUGUUCUAAAGGAAUCGAAUCCGUUUUUUGAUAAUAAACCUGUAAUUGUGAAGAAUUGGAUUCCGGAUAUGGAUAUCACUAAGGAGCAAAUUGAAUGUGUGCCUGUAUGGAUUCAGCUCAGAUUGGAUUUCAAAUACUGGAGUGAGCGAUGUCUUUCGAAAAUUGUAAGCUCUAUAGGAAAAUUUUUGAAAGUGGAUGGUGCUACUGCUAAGAGAGAGAAGCUUCAAUAUGCGAGAAUUUUAGUAGAGAUGAAAAUUGGUCAAGAUCUUCCUGAUCAGAUUACUAUUGUGAAUGAGAGAAGCUUGGAGAUGGUAUUAGGAGUUGUGUAUGAAUGGAAACCCAUUGAGUGUGCUGUUUGUAGGAAAUUAGGUCAUUCAGAAAUUGAAUGCAAUAAGAAGGAACCUCAGAAGGAGUGGAGAGUGAAGAAGGUUGUUCAGCCAAUGGCUGAGCAACAGAAGGAAGAUGAUCAAGUUUUCAAAAUUGUAACCCAGAAGGCUAGGACAGGAUGGAGUAUGGCCAGCCCUGUUCCUGUGCAGAACACAUUUUCAGCUUUGGAGGUCAUGGAGGAACAAGUUAUGGUGGGCUCAGUAGCUUGUGCUAAAGGAGAGUUAGAAGAUAUCAGGGGAGGGGACUUCCCUGACCAGCAUGGAUAG